AUUGAGAGAUUAAGUUCACAAUUAAUCCGAGUUUGAAAAACAGCUUCUCUUUGUACAGUGAUUUGCAAAGUACAGAAAACAAAUACAGUAAGAACUGAAGGAAUAUUUGUUCAUCCCUUUAUUCUGUGUCAUACAGUCUUAAAGAGACACACGCACACACAGAGCUACGUGAUGAAGAGAGGUGCUCCUAGGGUGUCAGCAGUGAAGGGAGUGGGGCAGGCUGAGGCAAAGAGAUCAGUCACUUCAGUCCUGUUGUGCAUUCAAACUUUUCUCCUCAGGAUACUAAACUCGUUGUGUGUGAUUAAAAAAGGAAAUCCCCAAAAAGGAACAAACACAAGCAAAAAAUGGAAGAUUUCUAUUAUGAAGAGGAGGACUCCAGCUUAAAUGACAGUUAUGAUUACAAUUAUGAACACAGUGUGUGUGACAAAGAGGCAGUGCGCUCUUUUGCCAGUAUCUUCCUCCCUGUCAUCUAUGCCCUGGCUCUGGUGGUGGGCCUGGCUGGGAAUGCCCUGGUAGUGGUAGUGUACACAUCAAAGCUUCGACUACGAACCCUGACAGAUGUGUGCAUUCUGAACCUCGCCAUUUCGGACCUGCUGCUUCUCUUCACCCUGCCUUUCUGGGCAGCUGAUGCCGUCCAUGGCUGGAGGCUGGGUUCGGCAGCCUGCAAGCUCACCUCCUUCCUCUACAGUACCAACUUUAGCUGUGGAAUGCUGCUGUUGGCGUGUAUCAGUGUGGAUCGCUACCACGCUGUAGCCCAUAAUCCAUCAAGGAGGACUGGGACAGGUCCCCGGGUAAGGAAACAGUGGAUUCUGGUGUGUGUGGUGUUGUGGGCUAUAGCCAGCUUUCUUGGCCUUCCUGAACUUAUCUUCUCCACAGUGAAGCACUCUCAUCACAGGACGGCCUGUACAGCCAUCUACCCGCACAGCAUGGCUCGAUCUGCGAAGGCUGCCCUGGAGCUGAUGGAGGUGACCCUUAGAUUCUUGCUACCUUUCUCGGUCAUGGUGUUGUGCUACUCCUUUGUAGGACGGGCACUGAGCCGGGCAGCUGGGGUGCAGAGAGACCGGAAGUGGCGUGCCCUGCGUGUCCUGCUGGCUGUUGUGGCUGUAUUCCUGCUCACUCAGCUGCCCUACAACGUGGUCAAGCUGUGUCGCGCAAUGGACAUCAUCUACAUCCUCGUGACUGACUGUGAAGUCAGCAAGGGCCUGGAUAAGGCUGCCCAAGUGACAGAGGGGCUGGCCCUGACCCACGCCUGCAUUAACCCGGUCCUCUAUGCCUUCAUUGGAUCCUCCUUCAGGGGACACAUCCUCAAGGCUGCCAAGCACCUUGGACAGCGACUUGGGAGACACCCAAGACAUGUAAACACGGAGCCUAAGCCUGCAUCUCUGAUGGUAUGGGGUUGCAUGAGUGUGUGUGGCAUGGGCUAUUUACACAUCUGGAGAGGCACCAUCAAUGCUGAAAGUCCCAAGAGGUUUGCAGACUGUUAUAAAAAGAAGAGGGGAUGCCACACAGUGUCCAGUAACCCAGAAACUGGUGACUUUGCCCUGGGUAUGGAGUGA